AUGGCCAGAAAAUAUGAGGGUCAUGUAAUUGGAAUUGACCUGGGUACAACCUACUCACGUGUUGCAGUGUGGCAGGAGCAAAACAACAGAGCUGAGAUAAUCUACAAUGAAGCUUCUUUUGUUGCUUUCACUGAUGAUAGAAGGUUGAUUGGUGAUUCUGCCAAAAAUCAAGCAGCCUCUAAUCCAUUCAACACUGUAUUUGAUGUAAAGAAGUUUAUUGGAAGAAAAUAUAGUGAUCCUAUAAUUCAGAACAAUCUACUUUCGUGGCCGUUUGGGGUUCUUUCUCGUAGUAACGACAAACCCAUGAUUUGUGUUAAUUACAAAGGAAAGGAAAAACAUUUUUCUCCUGAAGAAAUAUCGUCUUUGAUAUUAAAAAAGAUGAUGGAUAUUGCAGGGGCAUUUUUUAAGUCACCGGUAAAAAAUGCAGUGAUUACAGUGCCUGCAUAUUUCGACGAUUCUCAGCUAAAAGCCAUCAAAGAUGCCGCUAUCAUUGCUGGCCUCAAUGUAAUGAGGAUAAUCAAUGAACCAACUGCUGCUGCUCUUUCAUAUGGUCUUCAUAAGAGAGCAACUUGUGUUGAAAAUAGAAAUAUUCUCAUAGUUGAUCUAGGUGGUGGAACUUUUGAUGUGUCUCUCGUCACAUUCAAGGAUGACAAGUUUGAAAUAAAGGCGGCGACCAUGACUCAAUUUGGAGGUGAAGAUUUUAUUGAUAGAAUGGUGAACCACUUUGUGAAAGAGUUUAAGAUGAAGCACAAAAUACAUAUUAGUAGGUACUCAAGGGCCCUGAGGAGGUUGAGAAAUGAGUGUGAUGAAGUCAAAAACAAACUUUCGUUUGAUUUUGAUGCCACGAUUUUCUUAGAUGCUUUAUAUGAUGGAAUUGAUUUUUAUUCAUCAAUGUCUCGUGCCAAGUUUGAGCAACUCAACAUAGACCUCUUUGAUAAUUUUAUGGAUACAGUUAAGACCUGUCUUUCUGAUGCGAAGAUAAACAAUAGCAGUGUUGAUGAAGUUGUUCUAGUGGGCGGUUCUUCAAGGAUUCCCAAAAUUCAGCAGCUAUUGCAAAAAUUUUUCAAAAAAGGGAAGCAUCUCUUGAAUAUAAUCCAUCCUGAUGAGGCUGUUGCUUGUGGUGCAGCUAUUCAAGCUGCUUUGUUAAGUGGAGGCCUUAAGAGUGUUCCAAAGGAAGUGCAUCAAUAUCUUUCAAGGUUGUCUUAUGCAGAACAAGAACCAGAGCCAAUACCAAAAAAUAUAGUGAAUGAUAAAAAGGUGAAUGUUACAAUUGAAGAUAACAAAUCUAAGAUCAUGAUUGAUUUUCAAGGUGGUGUUGGAAUUACAGUUAAUGUUCCUGGUUCGCUUAAUGUCUCACUUCCUGAUACUGCUCUAGUCCUUCCUAUCAAUGUUUGCUUUGCUACAGAUUCUGAUGGCAUGUUAAAUGUUUCUGCCGAGUUGAAUGAAAACAAGUUCAGUUCUAUAUUCAUAAAAGUGUGA